AUGGAUUUGGGAGGGGAUUCCAUGCCUUAUUCUGAUGAUGAGGAGGAUCCAGAGCUUAUCCCUGAUGUGAUUCCACUAGUUUGCAAAUUCCUAUCAAUUCCUGACAUCAAAAAGUGUCGUUUCGUGUCCAAAUCGUGGCACGUAGGUGCCACACACGCCCUCAAGCUCAGGACGCAGAUAGGGAUUGAAUUCCAUCCAGAAAACUCGACCGAUCAUGACGUUGUCGCAGAAAAACUAAAAUUUUGCCCGGUCAACAUUGACAUAAAAUUUUCCUACAAAUACAGCCAACGUGAAUACGUUGAGCCGUCCUUUGACCCCAAAACGUUUGAUCCUGUUCGCAAGAUGAAAUCAAUUUCGAUCCAAUUCCUCACCCCACAUCACGUUCAGUGGCAGAAGGACUCGGUUCUCAGACUCAUUCGCAUGUCGCCCACGAGUCUGCAAAGGUUACAGUUUAAAUGGGAAAAUUACCAUGUUUUUCCAUCCCUUUGCGGGAAGAGCUUCUCGAAAUUGAAAAGACUGGAAAUCAGUUAUCCAGCCCAACUUAGAAAUGAAUCGCUCGAGAGGAUUGGCCACGCAGUGACGGAAGCGUUCACAGCGAUAGAACAGAUACAAAUUGAGACUCGUCACCUACUUGAACUGGGAAAGGCUGGUUUCCUGAAAAACUUUCCGGGAUCACUGAACACCUUGGAAUUGUUUGGAGGCUUAGACAACAACAAUAUGGAAUGCUUACUGGAAAUUCCCGGUCCUUUGAAGAAACUUGCGUUUUAUGCGAUUAAACUCGACCAUAAUGAUGAUCUUAUUUCCGAAAUUCCUACAAUUAUGUACACCUUGUUAAAAAAACAUUCUCUCAGUCUGGAAAACCUUUGUAUCGAUAUAUUACCUCACACCCAGUUGGGCUAG